ACUACAAACAUCAGUAUCAGCUUUCAGUUUUAAUUUGUUAUUAAUUACAAAUCCAAUCCCAGUCAUGGCUUUCAAGUACGUCCUGUUGUCCUUCUGCGCUUUGGUGGGCGUGGCCAGUGCUGGUUUCCUGGCUCCUGCCACCACCUAUGCCGCUGCCUCCAUUCCGGUGGUCACCAAGGUGGCUCAGCCCCAUUACGAUGCCGUCGGCACCACCCAGCAGAAUGUGGUGCGCUCCUUCGGAGGCACUGUGUCCACCUACUCCAAGAAUGUGGUCACCCCGUACUCGAGUGUCAGCAAGGUGGACUCCCGCACCACCAACAACGUGUACACCCCGAAGACCCUCUACUCGGCGCCUGCUCCCGUGAUCACCAAGUCCUUCUACACCGCUGAACCAGCUCCCGUUCUGGCCAAGACCGUCUACUCCGCUCCUGCUCCCGUUCUGGCCAAGACUGUCUACUCCGCUCCAGCUCCCGUUCUGGCCAAGACCGUCUACUCCGCUCCAGCUCCAGUUUAUGCCGCUCCUGCUCCCGUUUUGGCCAAGACUGUCUACUCCGCUCCUGUGGCAAAGGCCGUUUAUGCUGCCCCUGCUCCAGUUUACGCUGCUCCUGCUCCCGUUUUGGCCAAGACUGUGUACUCCGCUCCUGCUCCAGUUUACUCCGCUGCUCCCGCCGCCUUCGUGAAGUACUCGCCCGCCGCUGUGGUCGCCCAUGCCAGCUUCGAUGGAUUCGGCUCCCACUGGGGAUACUAG